UAAAAUUAUUUUAAUAAUAAAAAUUUUGAUGCUAGUUUUACAAAACACUCUACUUUUGCACUUCUAUUCUCUCCAAUUUCAUUUCAUCGGAGAAAAUUAUACACACACCGAAUCAAAGCGUGAAUUUUCUCCACUCUGCUCUGGUUCUCCCUUUGUCUUCAACCAAUUUGUUUCGGGACUGAAGGCCAUGUCAGCGAUCAACGCCACUAAUGGUGAAGAUCUCGCUCGCUACUUCCUCGAUCGCUCUCGACUAAGCUUGGCUCGAGGUCUAUGCGACAUGGACGAGGACGAAGAGGCUCCUACCGAGCUCAACACCAUUAACAGCUCCGGUGGAUUCCUUGUUGUCUCUCCCGAUAAGCUUUCGGUGAAGUACACUAAUGUUAAUCUUCACGGCCACGACGUCGGUGUCGUUCAGGGUAAUAGACCGGCUCCGGUGAAACGGCUUGUUUACUAUUUCGAGAUUUUUGUUAAGGAUGCCGGAACUAAGGGUCAAAUCGCAAUUGGUUUCACUAGCGAGAACUUCAAGAUGCGGAGGCAGCCUGGAUGGGAGGCAAACAGUUGUGGUUAUCAUGGAGAUGAUGGAAAUCUUUAUCGUGGACCAGGCAAGAGUGAUGAAUUUGGACCGACGUACACUUCUGGUGAUAUAGUUGGGGGUGGUAUUAACUAUGCAUCACAGGAAUACUUUUUUACUAAAAAUGGGGCUGUAGUAGGGACAGCUUUCAAGGAAGUGAAGGGUCCAUUGUUUCCUACCAUUGCUGUUCAUAGUCAAAAUGAAGAAGUGCAGGUUAACUUUGGGCAGAAACCUUUUGCUUUUAAUCUUAAGGAGUUUGAAGUACAAGAGAGGAUGAAGCUACAAAUGACAGUUGAUAAAAUGUCUUUACCAACAAAUGUUAGUCAUGGACUUGUGCGCUCAUAUUUGCAAUAUUAUGGCUAUGAAGAUACACUUCAUUCUUUUGACACGGCUACUAAAAGUACUGUUCCUCCAAUAUACAUAGCUCAAGAAAAUGGGUUUGAUGAGCAUGAUAUAGUAUAUGCAUUGAGUCAGAGAAAGAUUCUCAGACAGCUAAUUAGGAAUGGAGAUAUUGAUGCUGCACUUGGAAAACUUCGUGAGUGGUAUCCCCAGAUUGUUCAGGAUGAUAAAUCAGCAACUUGCUUUCUGCUUCACUGUCAAAAAUUCAUUGAAUUAAUUCGAGUUGGAGCACUAGAGGAGGCUGUGAAAUACGGAAGAAUGGAAUUGGCAAAAUAUUUUGAGUUCCCUGAGUUUGACGAUCUAGUUAAGGACUGUGUUGCUUUGUUGGCAUAUCAACGGCCACACGAGUCUUCAGUAGGGUACCUUCUCGAAGAGACACAACGUGAGGUUGUGGCCGACACUGUUAAUGCAAUGAUCUUGUCAACGAAUCCUAAUAUGAAAGAUUCCCAAAGUUUCUUGCAUUCGUACCUUGAGAGGCUACUCAGACAGUUGACUGCGUGCUGUUUGGAGAGAAGAUCUUUAAAUGGGGACCAAGGUGAAGCUUUCCAUCUGCACAGCGUACUCGAUAGUAAUAAGGCCAAGUGCUAGCUGAUCUUAAUGCUCAUCGCAUACCAUGUACACAUGCACAGACGACCUUUCUUAUUUUGUUGCCUAUCUGACUGGAUUCAGCGCUUAAUUUGCUUUACCGAAUGCCCACUCGUACCUAGCCGAUCUGAAGGAGUGUUGUACUCAUCGUGAAGAAUGUAAGCUUCGUAGUUCACCAUUUUGAAGCCUCAGAUCAAGAGAUCUGGGAAAUGUAUGUACUGUAGAAUUCUGCGUUAUGAUCUCUGGAUUACCACAAGGACGUGUACAAAAUCUGUUUGGGGAGCUACAUUGGAAAUGUGUUGGAAUCAAACUAAAAUCGAAAAGAUUGUAUCCUUUCUGAAUGAAAAUGUGGGAACUAGAGGUCUUAAAUCUGAAUCUCCAGUUUUUUUAA